AGUUUUAGCCGAGCKUUCAUGCAGUUUUACCUUUCCUCUGUAUUUUACAUAUAGAAUUAGGGCGUCAUGACUAAUUAUAAACUUCCCACCGCACUUUUUCUGAAACGCAAGUGUUUACCAACAGCCUGGUACCGUCGUUUUCACGAAACUAUGGAUUAGUUACGGUAAAGAGGAACUUUUAACUUUUUCCAUCCCCCGGACCCCUCUCAUAAUGGAAUCCAGACAGAGGAAGCACUGCGGAGGGUGGCCCGUGCUGAGGCUAUGGUUUUCCCUGGCGUGCCUCAUGAGCGCGACCGCCCAGCUUAGUUACUCGGUGUCAGAGGAGCUCAGGCCGGGGGCUGUGGUCGGGAAUAUCGCUAAGGAUUUGGGUCUCACCGUUCAAAUGAUAAUUAAGAGAAAAUUGCGGGUGGUCUCGGAAUCUAACGCGCAGUACUUCGAGGUGAACCAGGCGACUGGGGAUUUUAUUAUUAGACAGACAAUUGACAGGGAACACAUGUGCGAAUUAAGUMCAACAUGUUCACUACAUSURGAGAUUGUACURGAGYACCCUUUAGCAAUACAUCGMGUUCUUGUGGAUAUUGUGGAUGUGAAUGACAAUGCGCCGCAGUUUUCCACUAAGAAUAUUUCCUUGGAGAUAUCAGAGGCGGCCGCGRCGGGCACRCMGUUCCGACUGGAGAGUGCGCACGARCCAGAUGUGGGUAUCAACUCUCUGCGUACUUAUCACCUCGCAGCCAACGACCGCUUUGUUUUGAAUGUGGAAACGAAAAGUGACGGGAGUAAGUUCCCGGAGUUAGUUUUAGAGAAGGCUUUGGAUAGGGAGACGCAGGCCUCGUUUCGCCUGUUGCUUACUGCCCUAGACGGGGGACAGCCAGAGAAGUCUGGCUCCACUCUUCUACUCAUUACAAUUCUGGACGUCAAUGACAACGCGCCCGUCUUUGACAAGUCGAUGAAAAAAGUUAGCGUGUUGGAGAAUGUUGAAAAGGGCACUUUAGUAACGAAACUGAACGCGACCGACGCGGAUUAUGCUCAGAACGGGGAGAUCUCCUUCCUGUUUAGUAAAUACACGCCGGACCGGGUGCUCAAGCUAUUCAGCGUAGAUUCGAAAACCGGUGAGGUCCGUGUGAAUGGUCACGUGGAUUAUGAGACAGCGAAUGAGUAUUACGUCACUGUGCUGGCCAGGGAUGGGGGAACCCCCGCCAUGGAAGCAUCCUGUAAUAUCAAAGUUGAAGUCACUGACGUGAARGAUAACUCUCCGGAGGUGAUGUUGACGUCACUGACCAGUCCUAUCCAGGAGGACGCAGCACCGGGCACAGUUAUCGCCCUCAUCAGCGCAAGGGACCUGGACUCUGGUAAGAACGGCAAGGUAACAUUAAAGGUCCAGUCUGGCCUGCCCUUCAAACUCAACUCCGCCUUUGGAGAGCACUACAACCUCAUCACCGAUGGCAACCUGGACAGAGAGACCAUGGCUGAUUACACCGUGGUCAUCAUGGCGACCGACGCUGGAUCCCCUCCCCUGUCGUCGCGUACYACCUUCGUGGUCAAGCUGUCAGAUGUGAAUGACAACGCUCCAUCGUUCUCCCAGCCCUCCUACUCAGUGGACGUCCCCGAGAACAACGCCCCCAGCACCCCCAUCGCCAUGGUGAUGGCCUCUGACCCGGACAUAGGGGACAAUGCCCGCGUCUCCUUUUCCAUCCUGCCCAGCAUGGUCCAGGGCUCACCCAUCUCCUCCUAUAUCUACAUCAACCCAGAGACUGGCCACAUCUACAGCAUGCGCUCCCUGGACCAUGAAACCCUCAACGCCUUCCGCAUUGAGGUGCAGGCCCGAGACGCCGGGGCGCCACCCCGGACCACCAACGUCACCGUGCAUGUGUUCGUAGUAGAUCUUAACGACAACGCGCCCCUCAUCGUGUACCCCCCCUUCCCCCAGGAUACGGGGCUGCAGCUCAGUGUACCGCAGUCGGCUGGGCCAGGGCAUCUCAUUAAUAAACUGGUUGGGGUGGAUCCUGAUAGCGGUCAUAACGCCUGGUUGUUCUACUCCAUCGCCCCCGGGCCUCACGCUGCUCUAUUCCUCAUCACCCCCCACACCGGCGAGCUCCGCACCACUCGCAAACUAGCCGAGGAGGAGGGUGGCUCCGCCUAUGACAUCAUCGUGGUCGUCCAGGACAACGGCGAACCUAUUCUCUCCACCACUGUGGCCAUUACGGUAACCGUGGAGGAGAAGGGCGCCAGCGACGCCGCCAUAGACAACCGGAAGACGUCGUUGAUGCGGCAGACUGGGAUGUCUGACAUCACCCUGUACCUCAUCAUCUCACUGGCCUGCGUCUCGGCCGUGUCCUUCCUCACCUUCUUCAUCCUCAUGGUCCGAUGCCUCCGCCACCGCAGCGACCAUGGAGGGACAGGCUGCUGCUACAGCCAUUACCGGCCCAGCAGGGCCUACCAUCAGAGGCCCAACAAGGACCUCCACCUGCAGCUCAACACAGAUGGACCCAUCCGUUACAUGGAGGUGGUGGGAGGGGCUCAAGACCCCCCAGGAACACGAACCUACAGACCCUGCUACUCCACCACCUCCAGCCGCAGUGACUUUAUGUUUGUCAAGACACCCAUGAUGAGCCAUAACAACACACUCAGUAUGACGCUCAACAGGAAGCACCUAAUGAACUCAGCCAAUGAGCAAAAGCCUCCUAACGCCGACUGGCGCUUCACCCAAGGCCAGAGACCUGGACCCAGUGGGGCUGGAGGCCCCCCGGAAAUGGCCAUGGGAACCGGACCCUGGCCCAACCCCCCCACCGAGGCUGAGCAGCUCCAAGCCCUGAUGGCCGCCGCCAACGAAGUGAGCGAAGCGACCGCCACCCUGGGGCCGGGCACCAUGGGWCUAAGCACCCGUUACAGCCCCCAGUUCACCCUGCAGCACGUGCCCGACUACCGUCAGAACGUCUACAUCCCUGGCAGCACGGCCACCCUGACCUCCAAUCCCCAGCAGCAGCAGCAACAGCAGAUGCUGAUGCAGCAGCAGAUGGCAGCCCAACAACAGGCCCUGCAGGCCCAGCCCUCCGAGGCCUCGGCUCAGCCUGAACCCCCCAAGGCUGCCCAGACCCCCGCCUCCAAGAAGAAGUCCACCAAGAAGGAGAAGAAGUAGGAUGGAUGGAAGGACGAACGAUGAAUGGAUAGAUAUGGAGUAUACGAUGAGAAAAGAACGACCCGAUGAGAACUGAAAUCUUACCACAGGAGGCUGCUGAGGGGAGGAAUGCUCGUAAUGGCCGGAACAGAGCGAAUGGAAUUGCAUCAAAGACAUGGAAACCAUGUCUUUGAUACCAUUCCUCUCCAGCCAAUACCACAAGCCUGUCCUCCCCAAUUAAAGUGCCACCAACCUCCUGUGAAUUCAACCCUCCCUCACCCCCACUUUUCCACACAAUGCGUUUACUCUAACCAUGGUUGGAAUUGUAUUGGUCACGCUCAUAUGA